CCGAUCUCCUCCUCACCCAGAUAUUGGGCCAGCCCUCCAAAUCAUUGGAUUCAGGUGUUCCUAUCACCUCCAUGGCCACAGGUGUAUAAAAUUAGGCACCUAGGCAUGCAGACUGCUUCUACAAACAUUUGUGAAAGAAUGGGUCACUCUCAGGAGCUCAGUGAAUUCAAGCGUGGUACUGUGAUAGGUUGCCACCUGUGCAAUAAGCCCAUCCAUGAAAUUUCCUUGCUACUAAAUAUUCCACGGUCAACUGUUAGUGGUAUUAUAAUAAAGUGGAAGCAACUGGGAGCAACAGCAACUUAGCCA